AUGGUGGCGGACGACGCCAAGGUCGCCGUCGUCACGGGCUCCUCGCGCGGCAUCGGCCGCGCCAUCGCCGAGGCCCUGGGAGCCGCGGGCUGCAAGGUCGUCAUCAACUACGCCUCGUCCGCAGAGGCCGCCGAGGACGCCGUCGCAAAGGUCAAGCAGCUCGGCGGCGACGCCGUCGCCAUCCGCGGCAAUAUGAGCGACCCCGAUCAAGUCGCCAAUUUGUUCAAGGGCGCAGUCGAUGCCUUCGGUCGCGUCGACGUGUUGGUUAAUAACGCAGGCAUUACAAGGGAUGGCCUUUUGCUAAGGAUGAAGCCCAGCCAGUGGCAGGAGGUUAUCGACCUUAACCUCACCGGCGUGUUUAUGUGCACACAGGCAGCUGCGAAGCUCAUGCUCAAGCAGAGAAGCGGCCGCAUUGUCAACAUUGCUAGCGUUGUUGGUCUUAUUGGAAACGCGGGCCAGGUUAACUAUGGAGCGGCAAAGGCAGGUGUCAUAGGCCUGACUAUGAGCGCGGCGAGGGAGUGCGCCCCGCGAGGAGUUACAGUCAACGCUGUCGCCCCAGGCUUUAUUAACAGUGACAUGACCGCAACCUUACCUACAGAAAAAAUUGCCGAGAUGAUCCCUAUGAAGAGGUUGGGUGAGCCCGAGGAGGUUGCCGGUCUUGUCAAGUACCUCGCUUUGGACCCCUCUUCGGCUUAUAUCACAGGUCAUACUUUUAGUGUUGAUGGCGGUAUCGCUAUUGGAGCGUAG